ACAAAUUAGACUUUCCUAGUUUGUUGAAUUGAGACAGCCGAAGCUCACCUCCAUCUAAACUCCAUCGCUGUGACAGAUUACAACAUUCAAGGAAACGUGUGUUUCGACUCAGCAUAGAGAGGGUUCCCACUCUCGCCCUGACGGCAAAGAUCACUUCCUCAGCUGAUCUUUACUUACGGACAAGAGCUCCUUUCAUCGUCAGCCAUACAACAUCUUUGUCUGGUCCUGCGGUUGCAGACUUUGUCCUACAAUAUCUUGACACUGCAAUCGGUGAGUGUCAGGUAGCACUUGCAUGAGGCAGUUCUAGUCUGAGCUGCGACACAAUACACGUAGCGUUUAUUGAGCUGAGUCGAAUCCUUAUGGAAAAUUGUGCUAUUGGGCCAUCCAUAGUUGGGCAGUAAAGAACAGAAUACUGGUUUGGACGCAGAAGAUACGAGCAAACCCUGAAGCAUUGGGUGAACUUAGUGCGAUUUAUUUCGCACCGUUUUUGCCUCGAUUUCUCUCCGGAAAAUUAAUGUUUGCACAACAGAGGACUCGUAACUUGAACUUACGAAUCAGUCAUAAAGUUUCUAGUCUAUCACAAUUUGUUUUUCAAUUGAGAGGCGACCGGCGUAUGGACAUGAACUAGCUGUCAAGAGCACGUAUGAAAAUCUAUGCAGUUUGAAGCAUUUCUACAAUUAGGGUUUCGACUAGAUAAGAAUAAGUGAACGAAGUACACAUACUUGGGUCAUCGAACGAAGUACAUACUUCGUUUGAUGACUCAAAUGGAAGGUCUCACUCUCUCUCUCCAAAUGGUCCUGCUAUUCUGAGUCUAGCGUAAUUCAUAGUCUCUGAAAGUAUCUUCGAUUGACUCAUGAAAAAGCGAUGUUCCACCAACAAUUGCACAUCGGCUGCUGGUAAGGCAUUCAAAUCUUGAGAUUUGGUGGUACGGUCUCCUCAAAAUCUUCUGUUGGAGUCAAAGUGCUGUCAGGAACGGGGAAUUUGAACACGUUUUUGAUUUUCUCGGUAAGACCAUGAUGAGGGUCUACUGCGUCUUCAGGAGCGGCCUCCAAAAUGAGUCCACCUUCGGGGAUAGGUCUCUCGAUCCUCUCAGUCAAUACAAUGCCCUCCCUGGCAUGCUCGUGACGAUGACCAUGCGCGUCGUGAUCCCUGGAUUCAGCUUCAGGAGCAGCAGCAGAAGCAGCAGCAGCAGAUUGGUGUCCAAAAGACUGGGUCAUCUUGCCGCGAUACCACUGUGCUUUUCAACGAGAAGGACGGUGGCUCAUUGGCCAUGCAAGUUGUUCAGAAGACAGAUAUUUUCAGAUAUUAUGCCGGUGAUGACUGCACUGUAAGUAGAGGAUCAUUAUCGACCUUCUGAGCACAGCGGUCAGGAGCUUACGUGAAUGACUCAUCAUACACGUCUUCCUGACAUUCCCCCCCUUCGUGACUGUGUAAAUCAUGAGCG